AUGGCUCAGCAACAGGUCGGCAUGCGUGCUCAGCAGCCGCACCAGCUCGCCAACGCGGUUGCAGGACCGUCCGGCGCUCUCAACGCUGGCGGGGUCCGACUGAAGAAGCGACGCGUGAUUGAGCUAUCGAGCGACUCGGAGGACUGGGGCGCCGAGACCUGGGACGAAGAACUGCGCCAGCUGGCAGAGGGCGCUUCGCAGGCGAAGAGACGGAAGACGGACCCGCAGGCCUAUGCGGGGGUCGACGAAGAGCGGGAGGAACCCGUAGCGGGACCAGCGCCGCGCGAGGACCGUCCGGCACAGCAAUCAGCGCCAAAGGACGACCUUGACGAAGCUUGCACGACCAUCCUCGCGAUCCUCCCCGACGUUGACCUCGCCCAUGUCAAACGCCUCUUCCUGCACCAGACCGCUUUCGGGCCAGCAAACGUCGAAGCCGUGCUCGAGGAACUGUUUACGAUGGAGGGAGGCUACCCAAAGGCGCCGCAGGAGGAGAAGCGCGUUGACAGGAAGGGAAAAGGGAAGGCGAAAGAGGAGGAUGCGCCGUCAUCCGACGCUUUCGCCCUCGGUGGUGGACACGUCGACGAUGCUGCACGAAGACAGCAGCAGGAGGACGAAGAAGUGGACAAGCGAGGCAAGGUUUGGCUCGACCUGGCGCAGAGGAAACCUCUCGGGAAGAGCUACGAGGACGCGGCACUCACCCGGCUCUAUUCCGACUUUCCGCGCAUCCAGCAGCACAACAUGAAGCGCAUGUUCUUCGCCUCCUCCUCCUUCUACGCUCCGACAUACAUCGCCGCAGUCAAAGCCCAGCGACAGUCCGACGAGGAACGCGGCUGGAAGCUCAUGGUCACCGCGCGCAGCGACAAGGGCAAGAACAAGGCGGACUCGCACGCCGAGCUCGAGAAGGAGAGGAACUGGGUCGCCGAGGAGCUGCCUAAGUACCUGGAUGCGCAGGAGAGGGUCAAGUUGCGGCAGAUGAAGCUCGAGGAGGAGAUUGCGUCCGGCGCCUUCUUCGAAUGCGGUUGUUGCUUCACCGACACGGCCCUUUCGCAAAUCGUCACCUGCACCGAAGGCUGCGGCUUCUGCUUCGACUGCGCCCGCCUCAACGCCGAGAGCCAGAUCGGCAUGCGGAAACACGUCCUGCCGUGCAUGUCGACCGACGGCUGUACGGCCUUCUUCCCCGACAUCGAGAUGGCGAAGUGCCUCUCAGCCAAGACGCUCGAGACGCUGCACAAGAUCAAGCAGGAGAAGGACAUUGAUGCGGCGGAACUCGAGGGUUUGGAGAAGUGCCCGUUCUGCCCCUUCGCCAUGAUCAUCGAGAGCCCAGACGAGCGGCUGUUCCAUUGUCAGCGCGAGGAUUGCCUCGUCAAGGACCACCUUCCGAAGACGUGCGCUGAAGUCGACGAGGACGCCAAGCUGAACUCGGUCCACCAGGUCGAGGAGGCGAUGUCGGCCGCCCUAAUCCGUCGGUGUCCCAAGCCCGGCUGCGGAGAGCCCUAUAUAAAGGAUUCCGGAUGCAACAAGAUUAUCUGCUCGAACUGCCGCACCCUCUCGUGCUACAUCUGCGGCAAGAUCGUCGCGGGCUACCAGCACUUCCGCAACGCCGGUACGAACCUCCCUGUGGGCAUGCAGGCCGAGGUCGGCUCGACGUGCGACUUGUGGGACGCGACGGAGGAGCGGAACCGGCAGGAGGUCGAAGCCGCCCGCAUGGCCGCCGAGAUCGAGCUCCGCAAGCGCAACCUGCACAUCGCCGAAGAAGACCUCGCCAAGCUCAAGAUGGGCGACAAAGUCGCCGCCGCGCCGGCCAACAUCGCGCAUCUCCCUCCACCGCGCGUUGCAGCGUACGAAGCGGCGCUCGAGGCGUAUCGUCAGGCUGCGGGUGGGGCGGCCAACAAUGCGAAUGCGGUCGCGGGGCCGGCGAAUCCGCCUGCCGCUGCAGCAGUUGCGCCGCCCGUUCCUCCUCGACCCGUUCGACCUAUCCCCGCCAAGAAGGAGAAGAAGGUCAAGAAGCGCGCGUACGGUCUGCCACUCGAGGGCGACCCGGAGGGCCCUCGUCCUCUCCCCUACUUCCCCCUUCCUCCUCGUUACAACCCACCUCCGCCUCGCGUUCCGUUCGUCAACCCGCCUCCGCCUCCGCCUCGCGUUCCGUUCGUCCACCCGCCUGCCCCGCCCGUCCCUCGACCUCGCGACCAGGCGCUGCGAGACGCACAGGAAGCGGCUGUAGUUGCUGCUGCGGCGCUCAAGCGCGCUAGGCAGGCGAGGAAGCAGGUAGAGGAUGCGAGGGAGGCGAGGAGGGCGAGGACGCAGGGGAAGAAGUGA